AUGUUUUUGAAAAUCUGGCGCUUUGGCUUGAAAGUUCUAGAAUUUUUCCUUUUUUUUUUCGUUAUUUUUAAUUUCUUUGUUGAGAUUCACAUUCAUAGUUCCAGAUAUCAAUUCAAACCCUUAUUUCCCUACAUCACCGCUCCAAUACCAUCUUUUUAUAUAUAA